CAUACUGCCUGUGAAAGGGCUAAGAGAACCCUGUCCUCAAGUACUCAAGCCAGCAUCGAAAUUGAUUCUCUCUUUGAAGGUGUAGAUUUCUAUUCAACCAUAACAAGAGCCCGUUUUGAAGAACUGAAUGCUGAUUUGUUUAGAAGCACAUUGGAACCUGUUGAAAAGGCUUUGCGAGAUGCAAAAUUAGAUAAAGCUCAAGUCCACGAUAUUGUCCUGGUAGGUGGAUCUACUCGUAUUCCUAAAAUUCAGAAGCUACUGCAAGAUUUCUUUAAUGGUAAAAAACUUAACAAAAGUAUUAAUCCAGAUGAAGCUGUCGCAUAUGGUGCUGCAGUCCAAGCUGCAAUUUUGAAUGGUGAUAAAUCUGAACAAGUGCAAGAUCUGUUUGCUGUUGGAUGUAACCCCCUGUCUCUAGGAAUUGAAACUGCUGGUGGUGUAAUGACUGUGCUCAUCAAACGUAAUCACCAUUCAUCGUCAACCAACAUCACUCUCAUAAAACAGUUUGUCAAUUCGAGGGUGAGUCAUGACAGGACAAAUCUUUGA